GCGUCAAUCACGCUGGGAUGGACGUCGGUCUCCCGACACGACACUUCUCUUUGAUUGGUCCAGCCUUGAUUUAAGGGCGGGCGCUCCAUGGAACUUGCUGAAAUCACAUUGGACAAGAGGCGCCUUGAGUCGACGUGACGCAGCUUGGAAUUCCCAAAGUUCCCAAGUUCAGCGGAGAAGUCUGUUGUUCUUACUUAAAACAAAACGUGCUGCUUGGAGACAGAAACAGCGACUGACUGAGAGGAUAUCAUACAGCAGAAUCUGUCUCGUGCUGUGCCAAGUUGAGCCGGGAGAGGGCGAUGUCGGAUAGCAGUAACAGCACAGGCAGCAGCGGCUCCUCAACCAACAGCUGGACACUCCUAUCCCCGGAGGAAGCUGCCAUUGAGAAUGUUGGGCCUGUGGACGACGGCACUGAGAGUCUGGGCGACGCUCCCAGUCUCUCUGAGGAAAUUGCAGGAGCUGCUGCCGAGUACAAACUAGCUGACGUGCCAGUCGAAACUAUCUUAUCUGAAGAAGGCCACCAGGUGUGUCAAGAGACCUCCCCAGAGUCCAGCGAGGGUCCCAUUCCACCAAGUCCAACCCGACUGAGCCCUCUUCCAUCCAACUCUCUUGACCCAUCAGAUGUCGAUAUGGAGAGCCAGCCUCCAGUUAUCCAUGAUAUUGUUACCAGCUCCCCAAGUGACAAUGAGCACCAGGGUGCCAUGCCUUUUGUCACCAACAUCGAUCUGGGGGCUGCACUAGAUAUUCCAGUUGUUGAAAUGUCCCUAGCUGAGCCCGAUCAGUCCUGCUCUGGUCUUCCUUUGACCGAGAUCCCCGUCUCUGUAGGGCCUGUACUUGACACGCCUGUUGAUUCUGAGCUGAUUCCUGCGAGUCCUUCUGGGGAGAGUCAAAUCUUCAGUGCUGAACCCGAGGUCAACGUCCACACAGAGACGCUUACAGCCACUGAUCCUCCAUCUCAUGUUGAAGCUGAUAUCAGCUUUGUUCCAGACAGCACAGAAUCUCCAAGCCCAGUCCCAGAGAGUCUAGUAACAGAACACGAUGAAAGCCCUGAACCAGAGACUGUUGGUCCAGCUGAGACACAAGAAGAGGAGGCUGCCUCUGAAAAUGAGCCAGCAAAGCCACCCGACACAGUGACUCCUCAUGAGACAGUGGAUGAAGAAGAGCCAUCCAGCAGUUUUGAGACGGGUGACACAAGCGGCUUUGAUGAUGGACUGAGGAGGAGGAAUGCACCGCCCUUCGAUACUACAAGAACAAGAACAUCAGAUGAGGAAGAUGAUGAAGAGGAGGAAGACUUUAAGAUAGCUGAAAAGAAGGAGGAAAAGUCUUGGUUCUCCAUGAACAAAUGCAUUGUGGCGGCUCUGAUUCUGCUCUUCUUAGGUUCCCUCUUUCUCUCAGGUGACUUUGACGCCUCUGAACUGAGUGAUGGAGAACAAACCCAGGACUGGCUUAGUGAUGAUCCACAGGAUAUGAAAGAGCUAUUGGAUAAACUGACACAGGAAAACCAACAAAUCACUCAGCUAGAGGCUCAACUACAGAUGAAGAAAGAGAACCUUGACUCUGAGAUAGAGGCGGUGGCUGCAAGUGGUGAUGAGAAGGGUAAAGCUGAUUUGGAACAAGAAAAUGCAAACUUGAAGGAGCAGCUGUCGUCUCUGCCUGAGCUGAAGAGAGAGCUGGAAAGUCUGAGGGCCAGAGUGACCGAACUCAACCAGCUUACGGCUACUUCUGAUACAGCCUCUCAGCCUAGUGACAAAGACGCUCAGAGUUCUCAUCAAACAGCUGGACCAGAGUGGAGGAAGGACACAAAUAUGGAAGCAAAGCUAAAGGAAGAACUCAAGAGACAGAAGGUUCUUUUGGAGGAGAGUAAGAAAAGGCUUGAGGGAAUGAAAAAAGAUGGAGGAGACCGAAAACGAGUUCAGGACAGCUUGGAGGAGAUCCAGAAGAAACUCUCUGAACAAGUAGAAAGGUGGGGGAAGAAGAAGCCACACGAGGCUAAAUGGAAAGGGAACAAAGGCAAAAACAGCGAACGGGACCACUGGAAGAAGGAGGAAAAGAAGGAGUGGAGAGGUGAAAAAGAAUGGAAGCACAACAAAGACGAGAAAAAGGAGAAGGAGUGGAAGCCUCAGAAGCAAAACUCUCACAAAGAAGCCUGGAGGAAACAUCAGGAUGAGUGGGAGAGGAAGAAGGGUGAACGCAGAACAGACAGAGAAGAAAGGAGGAAGGAGAAACCAUGGCACAGCCGGCCAGGUAAAACCUCUCACCACCCUCAUCAGCACCACCAGUCCCGCCAACCUCAUCAGCACCACCACAACGACUUCUGGAGAGACCAGGAGCAGAAGCUCUAUGGCAACGUCCGCCCCCAGCUGGGAUGCACCUCUGUGGAAGACUGUGCCAACAAGGAGGGGCUCUAUCCAGUGGAGCUGUCCGAGUUUGAGGAACUGCUGGAGGGCUACCUGAGCAAGCUUGAAGGGUCCCCAAAUGAGUCCAAGGAAAAGAUCAGGAUGCUGACUGCGGAGUUCUUCGAGGAUGGCGUGUUUAUUCAUGACAGGGUUCUCUUCAGCGACUUUGCUGAGGACGUGGCUGACAUUUUGGAAGACAUGGUGGACGUAUUGGAGGGCAAAGGGCAGAAGGACGAUGACUCCCUUGAGGAGGAGAUGGAGGAGUUUGAGCGAGAGGCCCUGUGGAAGUUUGCCGCCACAGCUUAAAAAUAAACACAGAGUUGAAAGCAGUAAAAUCCAAGUGGAAGACACAGUACAGGUGGUGGUUUUAUAGGACAUUUCUUGCCCACCUUCUCCUCUUCAGAGCUGUAAUUGCAGUAGCUUUUGGUACAGAGUGGUUGUGCCUCUCAUAAAUGUGUCCCUCUGAGUCUCUAAUUAUAAGCUACACUUGUAUUUGUCAUUUUGGACUUAGUUGUUACCUACCUCUGUCGAGUCAUGCCUCCUAAAGUGAAGUCCCUCAGUAAUGUGUCGUGUGAAUGUCCUUAGCUAUUUAGUGCUGUAUACAGUGCAUGUUUCUGCCCCAGAACAAAAACAACAGGGCCUUACAGAGAUGGUCAUUUCAUUUUAAUUAGCAACAGUGAAAUGGGCAAAUCAAUAAAAAUCAAACAAUAUAACAUAGAAAAAUCUUUUUAAUUGGAUGUUAAAUGCUUUUCUUUGUGUGGGAAAAGCUACCGUUCUACACUCCAUGAAGGCUAAAAUACAUGGUCAGUGAUAUUUUGUGCAGAUACCACUUGCCUACAGUAACUGUCAAGAGAUCCUGGUUCCUUUCUGUGAUACAAAUCAAGAUCAGGUUAGACCAGUUCUUUUGUCAGCAGCUGCCUUUAGCAGAACAAACAGACAACAGUCGGUUUAAGAGCCCUAAACAACGUUUCACCUUGCAGCUCGCCUCCAGUUUGUGGAAUCAGCUUGUCGGGACGUCACUGCUGCUAAAAGAAAGCAAUACAAAGUCCGAGCCAUAUUUGAUAAAAGACCGCUAAACUACUUUAGCACUUUCCUUUAAAACAUUUCAAAAACACAUUUUUUCACUUUUCUUUUCUAUUUAUUUUCUGUUAAACACUAGUUCUGCAGUAUUUGUGUAGAGUAGCCACAAGGCAGAUCAUUCUUAGUUACGAAUUAGAGGUUCGUGAUGUGAAGUAGAGUUUAUUUUAUUCAUUGUUCUUUUGAUUCGCCAAAAUGAGGUUUUUUCAACCAAACCAGUAUUCUGUUUUCCUGAUUUCUCUUUUUUUUUUUUUUUUUUUUUUUUUUUUCAUGAAUAAAUAUGAACUAACUUGCAUGCAAGGAAUCUAGAUGUAGUUUUUUGGGGGGUGUAAAAAAAAACAAAGAUGCUGCAUUACAUUCUAGUUUUCAGUUCUCUAAGUCGAGUAAGCCAGGCAAAGCUGAAACAAGACUAGCACAAAGCAAAAUCCAAAAGGUACUCCUGUGUUACUUUUUAAGUGAAGAUUAAAUAAGAUUUUUUUUUCUUUCACUUUUGAUGUUUGACUUUUUGAGUGGAUGUAAAGCUAAAACAGACAAGUUGUGAUUGUUCUUUUUCAGUGAUUGAAAGAAGCUUUUUAAGUCUCUCGUGAUUAUUUAUUCUGUCACUCUUUCCCUUCGUUUUUUUGAGAAGAGCCACAGAUUUGGACCCAAGCUGUUCACUGAAUGUUAAAAAUGGUUUUCAUUUCUAUUGCUUUUCAAAAAGUUAGCUUUCUGAUUGCUGCUUAUGUGCCUUUACCAUGGUAAAUAUCUUAGAUUAGACAAGAGGUCUUUGAGUUCAUUUGCUUCCGCUAGAAGAAGAAGAGUUUACACUACUUUCAGUUUUACUGCUGAUAAUAAGGCAAAGAGUGAAUGUAACAGAGUUUACAUGUGAAGUGUUGAACUGAUUUUUGGUCUGCUGUUUGUUGCAGGGAACAAAUUUUUUUUGAAGGUUUGCAGACCAAAGGGUUUGAAGGAUAGCAGACUAAUCUCAACACAUGAAUCCUUUUAAUGGUCAUGAGAGCUAAAUUGAUAUUUGAAGGGCUCUGCAUAUUGAUAAUAUGGUACUGGCUCAGAUCUGGAUGUAACUGAUCCCUGGAAGAUAUAUCUAUUUUUUUUUUUUCAUCAUCCAUUGUGUCUUGUUUUUAGAAGGUAAAUGUUGAGUUCAAUAAAUUUUCCACCGUUAAGUUUGUAAAUUGUCCUUUUUUUUUAAUGAGUUACUGGUUUUAUUUAUUAAAAUGUUUUAGGGCAUUAUCUGGCCCUCCCCAGGUAUUGAAAGUAGGUAAAUACAACCUUAGAGCAACAACACAAGACAAGUAACACCCUCAUUUUCUGUUUGAUUAAAAACUAAGCCAAAUUACAGAAGCAGUGUUUGAAAAACCAAGUACAUUCUGUGGCUCAGGAGCUUGUGGAACCACCUUUUAGGAGCAAUGCUUUGAAGUCAUUAUUUUCUACAUGAUGCUAUCUUGUGGACGAUCUUGCUUGAGUUCAUUACUGUUUGCAGACAUUAAUUUAAUACCUAUUAAAGCAUUUUAAUCAAGUUGAGGUCUGCAGUUUGACUUGACCACUGAAGCACCCUGAUUCUUUUCAUUCUGUCAAAUUUGUAGCUGUGCAUGAGAUCUUUGGUUUCCUGCAUGACCCAGUCUAGAACAAGCUUUAAGCUAGCAGAUAGAAGAUCUCUCAUUCAAAACACUUGAGUAAAUGGAGGAGUUCAUGGCUGACUGUGACUACAAGGUGUCCAGAUCCUGAUGUUGCAAAACAAGCCCAGAUUAACAGUUUUCCAGAUCAUUUUUGACAUCUGUUUGGUGUUCAACAAACAUGGUGCUGUGCAUUCUGACCAAACCUCUCCACUUUGGUAGUGUAGCUUUGUAAACCUAAGCUGUGCUGUCAUGUUCUUUAUGGAGAGAAGAGGAUUUCUCCUGACAACCCUUCUGAACAAGCCAUACUUGAUCUGUCUUUUUUUUCUAAUUGUACUGUCAACUUCAACAUUUGACAUGCUAACUGAGGACUUUAGAGUUUCAGAUGUAGCGCUUGGGUUCUCUGAGCGCCACUGGCAGCUGUCUUGAAUGUUUUCCACAUGUGAACAAUCUCUCUCACUGUAGAGUUACAGACCCCAAAUUGUUUAUAAAUGGCCUUAUAACCCUUCUCAAAUUGAUGUGCACAAAAGCUUUUCUUUGAUUCUUGCUAUUGUCAUCCCUAAUUGGCCUUCAAAUAACACAUACCUGAAUGCUCCAAAGCAGCAAACAGUGCUCUUGCUUGCUAAUGAUAAGUGAAUGAGUGCAUUUGAUUAGAAGCCCCAAGCACUACUUACAAUCUUAAUUCCUAUAGAAGCAACAAAAAUGUACUUUUUUUUAGUCUCUGCUUCUGCAUUUUGUCUUUUUUUUUCAUAAAUAAUGGCAUUGUGUAAUAUAUCAUGUACUUAUUGUGUUAUUUAGGUUGUUUCAAUGUAAUUGCAAGAGCUGCUGAGGAUCAGAUCAUUUGUGUGUGUUUUCUGAUCAUUAAAACCAUAGAAAUGAA